AUGAUAAAUAACUUAUUUUCUAUUUUUGACCCCACAACAAAUAUUUUUAACUUAUCAUUAAAUUGAUUAAGAACUUUAAUUGGAUUAUUUUUUAUUCCUUAUUCUUUUUGAAUUAUUCCUAAUCGACAAUUUAUUUUCUGAAAUUUUAUUUUAAAUAAACUUCAUAAUGAAUUUAACUUAUUAUUAGGUAAUAAUAAAUUAAAUAAAGGAUCUACUUUUAUUUUUAUUUCAUUAUUUUCUUUUAUUUUAUUUAAUAAUUUUUUAGGUUUAUUUCCUUAUAUUUUUACAAGAACUAGUCACCUUACUAUUUCUCUAUCUAUUUCACUUUCACUAUGAUUAAGAUUUAUAUUAUAUGGUUGAAUUAAUAAUUAUCAACAUAUAUUUAUUCAUAUAAUUCCUCAAGGUACUCCUUCUAUUUUAAUACCUUUUAUAGUUUUAAUUGAAACAAUUAGAAAUAUUAUUCGACCAGGAACUUUAGCUGUUCGAUUAACCGCAAAUAUAAUUGCUGGACAUUUACUACUAACAUUACUAAGAAGAACCGGUAAUAAUAUAUCUUUUUAUUUUUUAAUUAUUUUAAUUUUUUUACAAAUUUUAUUAUUAAUUUUAGAAUCAGCAGUUGCGGUUAUUCAAGCUUAUGUAAUUUCUAUUUUAAGAACAUUAUAUUCUAGAGAAGUUAAUUAA